AUGUCGACUGAUGUCGACGAUUUUAGAAGCAUCCUACCAAGUAUACCUGUUGCACAAGGAAAUAGUGGUGGAAAAGGCUCAAACGAUCUGGUAUCGUCAUAUUUACAUUUCGUCCAGCAUGGGAAUAACUUCUUUUUUAAACCUAAUUUCGAUCUGGGUCCGAAAAUUGAAAAGGACUCAUCUCGUGACACAGAUGAGGUUGGGGAUAGGCGAUUCCCUAAUAACUUAAUUCCACCACCAGCAUCUAUAGCUAGCUUAGAAGCAAACAUGGAAGAGGAAGCGAUAAUACCCGAAGCACCCGUUUUAUCCCCUCUUAAAAUGCCUAAAUUACCCGUUGUAAAGCAGCCCCAACAACUACAAAUAAUUCCUCUCCCAACAGCAAAUAGAGCAGCAGCUAAUACAAACGAUCAGCAAGUGAUAUUAGGGCACACCGAAGCUCUAGAGUCAGUUAAAGGGUCGUUAAAGGUCCAAGAAAUUAUGCCUAUUUUAUUCGAGCUCUUCCGGUCUUACUUACCUUCAAACGAGCCUAAGGCAGCUCCUCAAACUCAAUUUAAUAACCAAGUGAGUGGGGGUCAGCAACAAGUGAAUGGGUACUCCAUACCACAAACACUAAAUACCAAUAUCCAGCAACGCAGUAGCGCAAUUAUUAAACCACAAGCUCGUAAAAGAGUUAGAUUGGAGAGAACUGGACUUCGAAAGAGCAGUCAACGUACGAGCAUUGAAGCAAAUAUUGCUGAACCAGAAGUUCAGUACGUAGUUCAAAGCCCUGUUCAACAAGAAAAUGUUAAUGUGGAACAAGGUGAAAUGUCAUUGUCAGAUACAAUGAUGAGAGAGCCAAACGGCGAUUAUGUUCCGUAUCUGUAA